UCAUCAUUCCGAACGUCCAGCACGGCCCGCCCAACCGAACCCCCCCCCGGACGCCGGAUAUCGGAGCAUGUGGACCAGACCGCACCUCUCGCGUGCUCACCCCCACGCCGAGUCGGUGCCGCGCGAUGAUGGACUCGCUGGGCGAUGAUAGGACAAGGCGACCCCCAAGACCUUAGCACACCCUGGGCCCUGAUCUCGCGCCGCGGUCAGUGAGCUUAUCUCCGCGACAAUUCCCCUCGGGCGGGUUUGGUUCCUUCGGUACCUAGUCAUGGUAAACGACCAACGUCUCCCCCUUUCCAGAGUCGCUUGUGUCAUGGAAAUCCGUCGUAGUUUGAACAAAACUUCCCCCAAUUGAACAAACGACGUGCUGUGAACUGAAGCUACAUUCCCAACCAAGGUUGUUGGAAGACGGCAUCUUAUGUUUUGGGUGCCAAGCAAAUAACCGACUUCCGUAUCCAAGUGCCAUGACUUCAUCACCAUCGCUUACCAACUCAACUAGCCCCCCUCGACGGACGCUCGCGCAAACGCUAGCAUCGGCAUUCGACUCCCCAACGAAAAAGAUCAGGCGGAAGACCCCGGGCCAAACGUGCUCGGAAACGCAGAUUAUAGACCGCUGCCACUACAGGAGAAUUUCAACUGAUCUCCAAGUUUCGGUGCGAAGGAAGUAUAAAUAUAUAAAAGCCCAUGGCGCAGACGCGAAACUCUGCCGAUGAUGGCAGAGGCAACACGAGCACGGACGUCGUCGGCGACAGGGACAUGGUCGCGGCGCCUGAGGCUGCGGCUGCGACGGCCGGGCCCGACGAGGCGGAGACGGAGGAGGUGGCAGUGGCGGGAGAAGCUUCCAGCCCGCAGGUCUCAGCCCUGAACUCUACCCCGGAUGGCUCCGGUGUGGAGAGGAGAGGGGGCAAUGUCUGGGCGGGCGACGAGACGAGGUCACCCACGCCGUCGCCGUCGAAUUCGGACUGCGAAUCGCACCGCGGCGGCAAGGGACGCGACGGGGUCGUGGAUCUGGUAGUGAAGGCGCUCACCUGGACGCCGAGGAAGCUUCGGUACGAUCCCGAGAACCCUCCGCAGUUUACUCUGGCGCUGAACUUUAUGUUUGCCGUGGCGGCGACGUUUACGGUGGCCAACCUCUAUUACAGCCAGCCGGUGCUGAAUAGGAUCGCCGAGACGUUCGAAGUCAGCUUUGAGAGGGCGUCGUCGGUAGCGACGUUGAUGCAGGCCGGAUACGCGGCUGGGCUAUUGUUCAUCUGCCCGCUGGGCGACAUGGUGCGGCGCCGGCCGUUUAUCCUGGGACUCAUCUGGGUGACGGCGAUGCUCUGGCUCGGCCUCUGCGUGACAAACUCCUUCGAGGCAUUCCUGGGCCUCUCUUUUAUCGUCGGUGCCACGACUGUCACGCCGCAGCUCAUGCUCCCGCUCGUGGCCGACAUGGCCCCGACGCACAGGAAAGCAAGCUCGCUGUCCAUCACGACGUCGGGCCUGAUGCUCGGCAUGCUCAUCGCGCGCCUUUUGUCGGGCAUCGUGGCCAACUACACGUCGUGGCGCACAAUCUACUGGGUCUCGUUCGGAGCGCAGUACGCCAUUCUCAUCCUGUUGUUCUUCUUCCUGCCGGACUAUCCGUCCAAGAACCCGGACGGGCUGAACUACUUUCGCGCGCUGUGGACGAUCGUGACCAUGUUGUUUACGGAGCCAGUUCUUGUGCAGGCGUGCUUGAUAGGGUUCUUCAUCAGUGCCAUCUUCACGUCGUUCUGGACGACGUUGACGUUUCUGCUGGCGUCACCGCCGUACGAGUACCCGUCCAUCACGAUCGGGCUGUUCUCGCUCAUCGGCAUCGCGGCAAUCUGCGGCGGGCCGGUUUACGGGCGGCUCAUCAUGGACCGAUACGUGCCGUUCCUGUCGUCGGUGCUGGGUCAGAUAGUCAUUUUCGUCGGAUGCGUGGUGGGCGCCUUCACGGGCGAGUUCACGGUUGCGGGACCUGUCAUCCAGGCGAUCUGUAUCGACAUGGGCAUCCAGACGGCACAGACGGCGAACCGGACAUCUAUCUACACCAUCAACGCCAAGGCGAGGAACAGGGUCAACACCGCGUACAUGGUGUGCGUGUUUUGCGGACAGCUGACAGGGACAGCGGUGGGCAACAGGCUGUAUGCGCAGGGCGGUUGGAAGUACAGCGGAGGCGUAUCUGUUGGUUUCAUCGGUCUAUCAAUUAUCAUCACCAUGCUCAAAGGCCCAAGGGAGACGAGGUGGAUCGGCUGGAGCGGCGGGCACAAGCUGCGCAGAGACAACGUCGCGAAGAAGCCGGAGCCGGUGUCGCCCGAAGAUGAACGAGGGACAACGAGGGCGGAAGGGGAGGAGGAGGCGACGGGGGAAAAGAGGCCGGAGACCGGAGCCGAUCACUCGGUGGCGCGAUGAUUCGGCGGUGACCGGGGGUCGAUGUACGUCGGUGGCUGGGCCCGGGUCUUGGCUGUCGAAUUGUGGUCUGGCCAGCAGGUGUCCCAUGUCCAUAUUGAACUCCAGUUGAGCAAAGUUUGGCCCGUCCAGAUGAGGCUUUUGAGCUGAAACUGCGAUGAUGAAGUGUCGGAAACUCAAGCUCGAGAGAUGCUCAUGAC